AUGACCUGCAACAUCACCUCGACCCCCGUAAUCCCCGAGCCCCUCCCCCUCUACCGCCGCGACCCCGACAGCAUCUCGGUCCGCUCCUCAGCACCCUCCUACGUCUCCGAAGCCCCUACCUACACCUCCCGACGGACCUCGAUCCCCCUCGUCGCAUCGGCAACCUAUGGCGCCUCCUCCCUGGUCGAAUGCUCCUCCAUCACGGAAAGAGGCCCAGGCCUGCCCCCCGUCCGCUACGCGCCGGGCUUCCAAUCCCGCGCCCACGGCAGCAUGAAGGAUAUUGAGAACCACAACUAUAACAUCAGCCACUGGAGCAGCAUCCAUACCAGCCAGCAGCACCGCCAGUACCAGAACGUCGCGCGCCGCCGCGCGAGCAAGGCGGAUGCGAACUCCAUCCUGCUCAGCAUGACGAGCUCGGGGGGUUCUGGCUCUGGGCCCUCCGCUCCCGCCGCGGGGGCGAGCCAGGCGUUUUCGUCGUCGGCGACCACGCCCCCGCGCGAGGGGACACCGCCGCGCGAGCAAAGCAAUGACAUCCAGGCGGUCGAGAUCGACAUCACGCCCGUGAGCCCGAUGGAGGAUCCGUAUCUUGUGGGCGAGAACGCGGCAAGGAAGGCGCGCGCGAGCAGGAUUUAUAGGGAGAUGUGUCUCAAGGGCGACAUGGCGAUCAGGCAUGAGGGCAAGACGUGGGAUUUUAUGCUCGCGCAGAUGGCGGAUUGGGAGGAGCGGGAGCGGAGCUGGGGGAUUUUCAGGAAUAGGGUUGAGAAUGGGAAGAGGUUUGGGAAGUUGGCGAGGCGGGUAGGGUUGUGA